AUGGUUCACAUUUUCGAGUUGGGUCAAAUUGAACCGGGAGCUGAAGAUAAAUUCGAAAAUUCGGAUGGAGAGUCAGAGGAAGGGUGGGUUGAGACAUCAACCUCUGUCUCUGGAAAGCGGAAAAAGAAGCCUAAAGAGAGCGCUCGCAAAAAAAAGCGGAAAACUGCACGGUCUGCGAAUCCCAAGCCGAAGGAACCACAAAUCAGAAACCGUCGUAUUGUUGGCGUUGAUUUUGGCACCACAUAUUCCGGUGUCAGCCUUGUGGACGCACUAGACGACAUAAAAGGAGUUCAAAUAAUCAGGGAGUGGCCAGGGUCUGAAGACCAUAAGCCAAAAAUCGCAACAACUAUUGCAUACCAAAAUGGAAAGCCAUUGUGGGGAGGCCAGGUAAAGCCAGGCAUGCAGUCGUGGUCCUGGUUUAAGCUGGGGAUGGCCUCGAAGGAAUGCGCAAGCACGGAAGACGACCCAUUGCUACAGCAGGCGGUGGGCAUGUCCUUGAUGAAAUGCCCUCCCGGAAAAACGCCGCAAACUUUGUGCAAAGACUUCUUGACCGGCCUUUGCAAACAUAUUAUGACCAACUUGGGCAAGGAAUUUGGAAAAGCAUUGGACGUAACUCCACUUGAAUUUGUUUUCUCAACACCAGCGGACUGGGGAGAAGUAUAUAUAGAAAAAUUGAAGAGAGCAGCAAGGGAGGCCGGUUUUGCGACGAAACCUCUGGACGGAAUCUUCACAAUCGAAGAGCCAACAGCGGCCGCGCUGCUGACGUUUGAGCACUAUCGCCAGAAGCCCGUGGUCCAAACACUGUUUGAGGCGAAGAAAAAUAUCCUUGUUGUCGACAUGGGCGGAGGGACCGUGAUACGUCCUUUCAGAGUACGCGAGGCUUGUCAAGGCGCUGGGGCCAUGUGCGGCGGAACCAGUAUCGACCGGGAAUUCCAUCGAUUGAUGGAAUCAAAGUAUGGCUCAGUCUUUUCGGGAAAAUCUGCUAAGGACAUUAGCCAAGGAAGCCAAUUCAUGAAAGAGUUCGAAAACAUUAAGAGGGCAUUUGACGGUGAGCAACGAGAAUACACCGUUUGCCUAGCCCUGGAUAGGGAGAGCGGCAAAGGCUAUGACGCUGAGUUGGGCCAAAUCUCGCUCACAAGGGAAGAAAUCUGCAACAUGUUUCGCCCGGUGCUAGAGAACUCGUUUAAAUUGGCCCUCGAGCAAAUCAGAAAAUGUAAAGAAGAGAACGGGAAUCCCCUAACGGCCAUUAUCCUCUGCGGUGGGCUCUCUGAUAAUGCAUAUGUCCGGGAACAAUUUCAAGAAUUUUGCAAGGCGCACUCAGAGCGGGAAGAAACCCAGGUGCUUGUGCCGCCAAAUUCAUGGUCAGCAAUCGCCACCGGAGCAGCUCUCUCACGUAUUAGCCAAAAGCCAAAGAUAAGCAGCCAUGGAGAAAAGGUCAGACAAACAUAUAAGUGGCUAGAAGGAUAUCUCGCGCUCGAUAGCAGAGGGCCACUGAAGGGACAGCUGCAACUUUACAAGUGCAAAGACGCGAAUCCUCCCAACUAUAUCACAAGCGACGUUCAGUUACUUGGGAGCUUGAGCUUGGAUUUCUCGAGCCUCCUGAAGAGAACCGGAAGCAGGAAACUGCAGGGUAUCAAGGUGAAGAUCGGCCACCGCAUCAGAACGCAGACGGGCCAGGUGGAAUUCGCACACCGAAUCAACGGAGGGAAACCGACCGAGUGCACGAAGUUCGAAUAUGAAGCCAUCCAAGAAUCGGAGCCACCUGCAGAGAGCGACGCGGGGGACGGCGCAUUAGACGAGGCUGAAAGCGAUGAAUAUGACGACGACGAUGGUUUGCUGAUGGGCUGGUAA